CAAAUGGGGCAGUGUCAUUCUUUCUGAUAGAUCAUGCCCUGUUAUUGAUGUUUGAAUUGCUAAGCUUGAUGUCCUUGGACUUGCAUCAGAGUUUGUUGAGCAAUUCGCCUGUCAGAUGAGAAAGCUUGCAUUGGUUGCAUAUCUGAUCCCCAAUUAAUGCAUGCAGAACUGUUAAGGUUGUAAAAGUCACAAAUCCCAGUUAAAAGUAAUGCUGAUAUAUACACAAAUGGAAGACAGAAGGGAGCUGUGGUUAUUCAUUCAUUGCUCUUAGAAAGAGUUCAUCGAUUAUUAGCUUGGUGGAAGGUAGGGAUUGGUAUUUCUCUGUGCCUUCUUGGCCUCUGGAAGCAGAGGAAAAAGACCUGAAUUCUCUGCCCACAGAUUGCCCCCAUGAGAGGCAGACUGCCAAAAUUGUCCAGUCACAUGUCUGGUGUUGCAGUGUCCCUGGAAGUGUCGGAGAGCCCUGGGAGUAUCCAGGUGGCCCGGGGUCAGACCGCAGUCCUGCCCUGCACGUUCUCCACCAGUGCUGCCCUUAUUAACCUUAAUGUCAUUUGGAUGGUCAUUCCUCUCUCGAAUGCUAACCAGCCUGAGCAGGUCAUUCUGUAUCAGGGUGGACAGAUGUUUGACGGUGCCCCCCGGUUCCAUGGUAGGGUAGGAUUUACAGGCACGAUGCCAGCCACCAAUGUCUCUAUCUUCAUUAAUAACACUCAGCUCUCAGAUACAGGCACUUACCAGUGUUUGGUCAACAACCUUCCCGACCGAGGGGGUCGGAACAUUGGGGUCACUGGCCUCACAGUGCUAGUUCCCCCGUCUGCCCCACACUGCCAAAUCCAAGGAUCCCAGGAUAUCGGUAGCGAUGUCAUCCUGCUCUGUAGCUCAGAGGAGGGCAUUCCUCGGCCGACUUACCUUUGGGAGAAGUUGGAUAAUACCCUCAAGCUACCUCCAACAGCCACUCAGGACCAGGUACAGGGAACAGUCACGAUCCGGAACAUUAGCGCCUUGUCUUCAGGUUUGUACCAGUGUGUGGCCUCUAAUGCCAUCGGAACCAGCACCUGUCUUUUGGAUCUUCAGGUUAUUUCCCCCCAUCCCAGAAGCACUGGACUAAUAGCUGGAGCCAUUGGCACUGGUGCAGUUGUCAUCAUUGUUUGCAUUGCACUAAUACUAGGGGCAUUCUUUUACUGGAGAAGCAAAAAUAAAGAGGAGGAGGAAGAAGAAAUUCCUAAUGAAAUAAGAGAGGAUGACCUCCCACCUAAGUGCUCUUCGGCCAAAGCCUUUCACACAGAGAUCUCCUCAUCGGAGAACAACACACUGACUUCUUCUAACACCUACAACAGUCGAUACUGGAACAACAAUCCAGAGGGUCACAGAAACCCAGGCUCCCUCAGCCAAUUCAGGGACUUGCGCCAGUCUUCCUCGCUCCACUCAGGCAGUGUCCGUAUGCCAUCCAUCUAUGCCAACGGGAACCCUCUGGUCCCAGGUCCACAUAAGACUCUGGUAGUGACAGCCAGCCGAGGGCCCUCACCCCAAGUGGUGCCCCGGAGCAAUGGCUCAGUGUGCAGGAAGCCCCAGCCUCAGCACACGCAUUCCUACACCGUCAGCCAGGCCACACUGGAGCGGAUAGGUGCAGUGCCUGUCAUGGUGCCAGCCCAGAGCCGGGCAGGGUCCUUGGUAUAGGACAGAUACACUGUGUUCCGGAGAGAAAAUGCCAAGGCUAGGCGGGGCAGGCGAGGGCUGGAAAGACCCUCCUUGCCUGGGGUUACCUGGCUGAAGUCCUGUGUGAUGGGACUUCAUGCUCCAUGAAGCUUCUUGAAGCAUUGGUUCCCCUCCUCAGGUGUCCUGCGAUUCUGUUUGAAAGCUGCACCUCUAAGAUGUGCCAAGCCACGGAGAAAAUGAAGGAGCAGAAGACCAACUGCAAAAAAACCCACGCUGCAGUCCAGUCAGGCCUGAUCUUUAAUUCUUGCCUAACAAUAAUUUUCAAGAAACUAAAGUGCCAGAUGGAGUUUCAAUAAUGAGAUCAUCUAAACAAAAGCAUAGGUGUCUU